GGCGUGGGUGCCAGCCUAGUGCAGGGUCUGCCCUGUGGAUGGGCCUGGGGCUCUGCCCGCCUCGCCCACCCUGCCUCUCCCAGGAUGAGCUGGACUUGAGCUGCACCUUCGUCUUCAAAGCCCGGCAGAAAGCAGGCAUGAGGCUGCCGGCACCUGGGAAGGAGAAGCCGGCCAGGAUGGAUAAUGUGGAGCCGGGCAGGAGAGUGCCGGGGAAGGAACCCAAGGCCUCGCUGCCCUGCCUGCCCACCCCACAGGCACCCGAGCCCGAGACUGUGCCCUUGGACACAAGCGUGGUGGAGCAGAGCCUGAUUAUCGCGGGCCGUGGCAACGAGGCUGCCCAGAAGGGCUGCUACGCUGAGGCCGUGCAGGCCUUCACGGAAGCCGUGAAGCUGAACCCCAGGGAGCACCGGCUCUUUGGGAACCGUUCGUACUGCUAUGAGAAGCUUCAGCGUUACGAGGAGGCGCUCAGGGAUGCACAGGUGUCGCUGGGGCUCCAGCCCGGCUGGCCCAAAGGCUUAUUCCGCAAGGGCAAGGCGCUGCGGGGGCUGAAGCGCUACGCAGAGGCCGUCAGGACGUUCGAGGAGCUGCUGCGCCUGGACGGCGCCAACGCCGAUGCGGCCGCCCAGCUGGAGGCCUGCCGGGCCCUGCUGCGGGUGAGUCCCGGCUCUGGCAUCCCCGGCAUCCCCAGCUGCCGCACCGCAGGGCCUGAACCUUGUCUCACCCCACAGCAGAACAGCUCCUGUGGCCAGCGCAGCCCAGGGGGGAUCCCCCUGUCCCCGUCCCUGCUGGAGGCUGGGGAGCCAUCACUGCCUCCUUCCGGGGAGUGGGCGAGUGGGAGCUGCUGGGACACGGACACAGGUGGCUUCGUGACCGUCGGGAGCUCCAGGAGCCAGGCGAGAGGCCAGAGCCGGGCCAUGGCCAGCAGCCAGCAGACACUGCCUCUGACCCAUCCUGCCAGGGACUGCUAUCCCCUCUGGGUGGGGAACAUCACUGCCAAGAUCAGUGAGAAGGUGCUGCACAGCUCCUUCAGCCGGUUUGGGCAGAUCCGCUUCAUCCGGAUGCUGCCAGAGCGACGCUGCGCCUUCAUCAACUACACGCGGAAGAAGGCGGCAGAAGCAGCCUAUGCUGCCAUGCAGGAUGCCGAGGUGGAGGGAAGCAGGCUGGCGCUGCAGCUCAAGCACCCCUCCCACGCGACCCCCUCCCCCCGGCAGCACCUAGAGCCCUGUGGCAAGGCGGGUGCCCCCCUCGGGGGGCUCCUGUAGCCAGGGGGUCUCCUCAGCUUAUGGCAGUGGAGCCGGAUCCUGCCUGGGGCUGCCUGCUCUGCCUGCCCCCGCCGCGGGGGGGGCCUGGGACCUGAGCUGCCCAGCCCGGGAGGAGCCAGGGCACCGCUGUGGGGUGCCUUCUGCUGGGCAGGGGGGCUGGCAGCAUGGACCCCCGCU